CGCACCGCACCGCGCGCCCCCCAGGAGGCCGGCCGGCCCCGGGGCACCAUGACCGCGCUGCGCACCCGCGUUCCAGCCUGUGGUGUCACCUUGGAGCUCCAGAGCUAACUUCAGCAUGCUCAAAAGAAAGCAGAGUUCUAGGGUGGAGGCCCAGCCCGUGACAGACUUUGGGCCUGAUGAGUCUCUCUCGGACAACGCUGACAUUCUCUGGAUUAACAAGCCAUGGGUGCACUCCCUGCUCCGCAUCUGCGCCAUCAUCAGCGUCAUUUCCGUCUGCAUGAACACGCCCAUGACCUUCGAGCACUACCCUCCGCUCCAGUACGUGACCUUCACGCUGGACACCUUGCUGAUGUUCCUCUACACGGCGGAGAUGAUCGCCAAAAUGCACAUCCGGGGGAUUGUCAAGGGGGACACUUCCUAUGUGAAAGACCGCUGGUGUGUUUUUGAUGGAUUUAUGGUCUUUUGCCUUUGGGUUUCAUUGGUAUUACAGGUGUUUGAAAUCGCUGACAUCAUUGACCAGAUGUCACCUUGGGGCAUGCUGAGGAUCCCAAGGCCCCUGAUUAUGAUCCGCGCAUUCAGGAUUUACUUCCGAUUCGAACUGCCAAGGACCAGAAUCACAAACAUCUUAAAGCGAUCAGGAGAACAAAUAUGGAGUGUUUCAAUCUUUCUACUUUUCUUUCUACUUCUUUAUGGAAUUCUGGGAGUUCAGAUGUUUGGAACAUUUACAUAUCACUGUGUGGUAAAUGACACAAAACCAGGAAAUGUCACCUGGAAUAGUUUAGCUAUCCCAGACACACACUGCUCACCUGAGCUGGAAGAAGGCUACCAGUGCCCCCCAGGGUUUAAAUGCAUGGAUCUCGAAGACCUGGGACUUAGCAGGCAAGAGCUAGGCUACAGUGGCUUUAAUGAGAUAGGCACCAGCAUCUUCACGGUGUAUGAGGCCGCCUCUCAGGAAGGCUGGGUAUUCCUCAUGUACAGAGCCAUCGACAGUUUUCCUCGCUGGCGCUCCUACUUCUACUUCAUCACCCUCAUCUUCUUCCUAGCCUGGCUCGUCAAGAAUGUGUUUAUCGCCGUCAUCAUCGAAACCUUUGCGGAAAUAAGGGUGCAGUUCCAGCAGAUGUGGGGGUCAAGAAGCAGCACCACCUCCACGGCCACCACCCAGAUGUUUCACGAAGACUCUGCAGGUGGCUGGCAGCUGGUUGCGGUGGACGUCAACAAACCCCAGGGCCGGGCCCCAGCCUGCCUGCAGCAAAUGAUGCGGUCCUCCAUCUUCCACAUGUUCAUCCUGAGCAUGGUGACCGUGGAUGUGAUUGUGGCUGCAAGCAACUACCACAAAGGCGAGAGCUUCCGCAGGCAGUAUGAUGAGUUCUACCUGGCGGAGGUGGCUUUCACUGUGCUCUUUGACCUGGAAGCACUCCUGAAGAUCUGGUGUCUGGGAUUUACUGGCUACAUCAGCUCGUCUCUCCACAAAUUCGAGCUUCUCCUGGUCAUUGGAACGACGCUUCACGUCUACCCAGACCUUUAUCACUCUCAGUUCACCUACUUUCAGGUUCUGAGGGUGGUGCGACUUAUUAAGAUCUCACCUGCAUUAGAAGACUUUGUGUACAAGAUAUUUGGUCCUGGGAAGAAGCUUGGGAGUCUGGUUGUCUUCACUGCCAGUCUCUUGAUUGUGAUGUCUGCCAUCAGUUUGCAGAUGUUUUGCUUCGUUGAAGAGCUGGACAGAUUCACAACUUUUCCCAGGGCAUUCAUGUCCAUGUUCCAGAUCCUCACCCAGGAAGGAUGGGUGGAUGUGAUGGACCAGACACUCAAUGCUGUGGGCCACAUGUGGGCUCCUGUAGUUGCUAUCUAUUUCAUCCUCUACCAUCUCUUUGCCACUCUGAUCCUCCUGAGUUUGUUUGUUGCUGUUAUUUUGGACAACUUAGAACUUGAUGAAGAUCUAAAGAAGCUUAAACAAUUAAAACAAAGCGAAGCAAACGCAGACACCAAAGAGAAGCUCCCUCUGCGCCUUCGAAUCUUCGAAAAAUUCCCAAACAGGCCACAAAUGGUGAAAAUCUCCAAGCUGCCUUCUGAUUUUACAGUCCCUAAAAUCAGGGAGAGCUUCAUAAAGCAGUUCAUUGACCGCCAGCAGCAAGACACCUGCUGCCUCUUACGAAGCCUCCCCUCUACCUCCUCCUGCGAUCACACCAAGAGGUCAGCCAUCGAAGACAACAAAUACAUCGACCAAAAACUGCGCAAGGCUGUUUUCAGCAUCAGAGCCAGGAACCUGCUGGAGAAGGAGACUGCAGUUACUAAGAUCCUCAGGGCCUGCACUCGACAGCGUGUGCUGAGCGGGUCCUUUGAGGGGCAGCCGGCCAAGGAGAGGUCCAUCCUUAGCGUGCAGCACCACAUCCGCCAGGAGCGCAGAUCACUGAGACACGGAUCCAACAGUCAGAGGAUCAGCAGAGGGAAGUCUCUGGAGACACUGACUCAGGAUCAUUCCAAUACAGUGAGGUACAGAAAUGCCCAGAGAGAAGACAGUGAGAUCAAGAUGAUCCAAGAGAAAAAGGAGCAAGCAGAAAUGAAAAGGAAGGUCCAAGAGGAGGAGCUUCGGGAGAACCACCCCUACUUUGACAAACCCCUGUUCAUCGUGGGCCGGGAGCAUAGGUUCCGAAACUUCUGCCGGGUGGUGGUGCGAGCACGCUUCAACGCGUCGAAAACAGACCCUGUUACAGGAGCCGUGAAAAACACCAAGUACCAUCAGUUUUAUGACUUGCUGGGCCUGGUCACAUACCUGGACUGGGUGAUGAUCAUCGUCACCAUCUGCUCCUGCAUCUCCAUGAUGUUCGAAUCCCCGUUCCGCAGAGUCAUGCAUGCGCCCACCUUGCAGAUCGCCGAGUACGUGUUCGUGAUAUUCAUGAGCAUCGAGCUUAAUCUGAAGAUUAUGGCGGACGGCUUGUUUUUCACCCCGACAGCAGUCAUCCGGGACUUUGGUGGCGUAAUGGACAUCUUUAUCUAUCUCGUGAGCUUGAUAUUUCUUUGUUGGAUGCCUCAGAACGUGCCGGCGGAGUCAGGAGCCCAGCUCCUCAUGGUUCUCCGCUGCCUGCGACCUCUGCGUAUCUUCAAGCUGGUGCCCCAGAUGAGGAAGGUGGUGCGGGAGCUCUUCAGCGGCUUCAAGGAGAUCUUUCUGGUCUCUAUUCUUUUGCUGACAUUGAUGCUUGUCUUUGCAAGCUUCGGGGUCCAGCUGUUUGCAGGAAAACUGGCCAAGUGCAAUGAUCCCAAUAUUAUCAGAAGGGAAGAUUGUAAUGGCAUAUUCAGAAUCAAUGUAAGUGUGUCCAAGAACUUAAAUUUAAAAUUAAGACCUGGAGAGAAGAAGCCUGGAUUUUGGGUACCUCGUGUUUGGGCCAACCCUCGGAACUUUAAUUUCGACAACGUGGGCAAUGCUAUGCUGGCCUUGUUUGAAGUGCUGUCCUUGAAAGGCUGGGUGGAAGUCAGGGACGUCAUUAUUCACCGAGUGGGCCCGAUGCACGGCAUCUAUAUCCACGUUUUCGUCUUCCUCGGCUGCAUGAUCGGAUUGACUCUCUUCGUGGGAGUCGUGAUCGCUAAUUUCAAUGAAAACAAGGGGACAGCCCUGCUGACCGUGGAUCAGAGGCGAUGGGAAGACUUGAAGAGCAGGCUGAAGAUAGCACAGCCCCUUCACCUGCCUCCGCGCCCAGAUAACGAUGGCUUCAGAGCAAAGAUGUAUGACAUAACCCAGCAUCCCUUUUUCAAGAGGACGAUUGCACUGCUUGUCCUAGCCCAGUCGGUGCUACUCUCUGUCAAGUGGGACGUUGAGGACCCAGUGACCGUUCCUUUGGCAACAAUGUCAGUGGUCUUCACCUUCAUCUUCGUGCUAGAGGUGACCAUGAAAAUCAUAGCGAUGUCGCCUGCUGGCUUCUGGCAAAGCAGAAGAAACCGCUAUGACCUGCUGGUGACGUCACUGGGCAUCGUCUGGGUGGUGCUUCACUUUGCCUUCCUGAACGCCUACACUUACAUGAUGGGCGCCUGUGUCAUCGUCUUCAGGUUUUUCUCAAUCUGCGGGAAGCAUGUAACGCUGAAGAUGCUUCUCCUGACGGUGGUUGUCAGCAUGUACAAAAGCUUCUUCAUCAUCGUGGGCAUGUUUCUCUUGCUGUUGUGCUACGCGUUUGCCGGGGUAGUGCUGUUUGGUACUGUGAAAUACGGAGAGAACAUUAACAGGCACGCCAACUUUUCCUCAGCCGGCAAGGCUAUCACCGUGCUGUUCCGAAUCGUCACCGGUGAAGACUGGAACAAGAUCAUGCAUGACUGCAUGGUCCAGCCUCCCUUCUGUACGCCAGAUGAGUUCACAUACUGGGCCACAGAUUGUGGGAAUUAUGCUGGGGCCCUCAUGUACUUCUGUUCCUUUUAUGUCAUCAUCGCCUACAUCAUGCUCAACUUACUUGUGGCCAUCAUCGUGGAAAAUUUCUCCCUGUUUUAUUCCACAGAGGAGGACCAGCUCUUGAGUUAUAAUGACCUGCGUCACUUUCAGAUCAUCUGGAACAUGGUGGAUGACAAAAGAGAGGGGGUGAUCCCCACCUUCCGGGUGAAGUUCCUGCUGAGGCUGCUGCGGGGUCGCCUGGAGGUUGACCUGGACAAGGACAAGCUGCUUUUCAAGCACAUGUGCUACGAGAUGGAGAGGCUGCACAACGGCGGCGAUGUCACCUUCCACGACGUCCUCAGCAUGCUCUCCUACCGGUCAGUGGACAUCCGGAAGAGUUUGCAGCUGGAAGAGCUGCUUGCCCGGGAGCAGCUGGAGUACACCAUUGAGGAGGAGGUGGCCAAGCAGACCAUCCGCAUGUGGCUGAAAAAGUGUCUGAAACGCAUCAGAGCCAAACAGCAGCAGUCCUGCAGCAUCAUCCACAGCCUGCGGGAGAGCCAGCAGCAAGAGCUGAGCCGAUUCCUGAACCCACCCAGCAUCGAGACCACCCAGCCCAGCGAGGAUGUGAAUGCCAAUAGCCAAGACAACAACAUGCAGCCCGAGACAAGCAGCCAGCAGCAGCUUCUGAGCCCCACACUGUCAGACCGAGGGGGCAGCCGGCAGGACGCAGGGGAUGCAGGCAAGCCCCAGAGGAAGUUUGGGCAGUGGCGUCUGCCCUCAGCACCCAAGCCCAUCAGCCACUCGGUGUCCUCAGUUAACCUGCGGUUUGGAGGACGGACAACCGUGAAAUCUGUGGUGUGUAAGAUGAACCCCAUGACGGACGCGGCUUCCUGUGGCUCCGAGGUCAAGAAGUGGUGGACACGGCAGCUGACCGUGGAGAGUGACGAGAGUGGGGACGACCUUUUGGACAUCUAGGGGAACGUCAGAGCCACUGAUAUCCUGGCAGUGGACGCUGUCCCCUCAGCUCCCCUCCCAGGGUUCCAGGAGCAUCCUGUGACAGACAUAUAACUUAAAUUCCACUUGCCACAAGAUAUUUCAUUUCCAUUUUAUUAUUAGUGAUUUAAUACAGAUUUGCAAAAUUAUAAGGGGUAUAAUUCCACACCAUUCCCACCACCCGAGUUCUGUGUCCCCAUU